CUCCCUCCCAAGGGGCCGGAAUGCUCCGGGCCCGCGGUAUAAAGGCAGCCGCGGUGGCGGUGGCGGCACAGAGCUCUGUGCUCCCUGCAGUCAGGACUCCGGGACCGCAGGGGGAUCCCAGACCCUGACUGUGCAACCGCACCGGCACGGUUUCGUGGGGACCCAGGCUUGCAAAGUGACGGUCAUUUUCUCUUUCUUUCUCCUUCUUGAGUCCUUCUGAGAUGAUGGCUCUGGGCGCAGCAGGAGCUGCCCGGGUCUUGGUCGCGCUGGUAGCGGCGGCUCUUGGCGGCCACCCUCUGCUGGGAGUGAGCGCCACCUUGAACUCGGUUCUCAAUUCCAACGCUAUCAAGAACCUGCCCCCACCGCUGGGCGGCGCUGCGGGGCAGCCAGGCUCUGCAGUCAGCGCCGCGCCAGGAAUUCUGUACCCGGGCGGGAAUAAGUACCAGACCAUUGACAACUACCAGCCGUACCCGUGCGCAGAGGAUGAGGAGUGCGGCACUGAUGAGUACUGCGCUAGUCCCACCCGCGGAGGGGACGCGGGCGUGCAAAUCUGUCUCGCCUGCAGGAAGCGCCGAAAACGCUGCAUGCGUCACGCUAUGUGCUGCCCCGGGAAUUACUGCAAAAAUGGAAUAUGUGUGUCUUCUGAUCAAAAUAAUUUCCGAGGGGAAAUUGAGGAAACCAUUACUGAAAGUUUUGGUAAUGAUCAUAGCACUUUGGAUGGGUAUUCCAGAAGAACAACAUUGUCUUCAAAAAUGUAUCACACCAAAGGACAAGAAGGUUCUGUGUGUCUCCGGUCAUCAGACUGUGCCACAGGAUUGUGUUGUGCUAGACACUUCUGGUCCAAGAUCUGUAAACCUGUCCUCAAAGAAGGUCAAGUGUGUACCAAGCAUAGGAGAAAAGGCUCUCAUGGGCUAGAAAUAUUCCAGCGUUGUUACUGCGGAGAAGGUCUGUCUUGCCGGAUACAGAAAGAUCACCAUCAAGCCAGUAAUUCUUCUAGGCUUCACACUUGUCAGAGACACUAAACCAGCUAUCCAAAUGCAGUGGACUCCUUUUAUAUAAUAGAUGCUAUGAAAACCUUUUAUGACCUUCAUCAACUCAAUCCUGAGGAUAUACAAGUUCUGUGGUUUCAGUUAAGCAUUCCAAUAACACCUUCCAAAAACCUGGAGUGUAAGAGCUUUGUUUCUUUAUGGAACUCCCUUGUGAUUGCAGUAAAUUACUGUAUUGUAAAUUCUCAGUGUGGCACUUACCUGUAAAUGCAACAGAACUUUUAAUUAUUUUUCUAAAGGUGCUGCACUGCCUAUUAUUCCUCUUGUUAUGUAAAUUUUUGUACACAUUGAUUGUUAUCUUGACUGACAAAUAUUCUAUAUUGAAUUGAAGUAAAUCAUUUCAGCUUAUAGUUCUUAAAAGCAUAACCCUUUACCCCUUUUAAUUCUGGAGUCUAGAAUGCAAGGAUCUCUUGGAAUGACAAAUGAUAGGUAUCUAAAAUUUACAUGAAAAUACUAGCUUAUUUUCUGAAAUAUACUCUCUUAAUGCUUAAAUUAUAUUUCUCUUUAGGCUGUGAUAGUUUUUGAAAUAAAAUUUAACAUGUAAUAUCAUGAAAUGUUAUAAGUAGACAUGCAUUUUGGGAUUGUGAUCUUAGAGGUUUGUGUGUGUGUACGUAUGUGUGUGUUCUACAGGAACAGACGUGUGACAUGGUUAAAGAUGAUCAGAGAAAAGACAGUGUCUAAAUAUAAGACAAUAUUGAUCAGUUCUAGAAUAACUUUAAAGAAAGACGUAUUCUGCAUUGAUAAACCCAAAUGGUCAUGGCAGAAUGAGAGUGAAUCUUACAUUACUACUUUCAAAAAUAGUUUCCAAUAAAUUAAUAAUACCUACCUAAAUGGUCAAUAUUUUUUGGACAAGGAAGAAAAUCAUCCGCAAAAAUAAUACUCCAAAGUACUUGGUGAUUGGCAGGAACAGGAGGUGUGCCCAUAAAUACAGUUAACAAAUACAUGCAGAUUUUGUACCCAACAAAAUAAUUUGCAGUAUCUUAAUUACUACUACAUGCAAAGCAGACUUGUUCUAAUUAUUUUGGUUUUAAAAUAAUUAUUCAUUAAAAAUCACAAAUCCUUCCUCAUUCCACUCUUUUUUCUCUUGCUCGGUGAGUUUAAUAUUUCAAAUUUUGUUUAACCUGAAAUCUAUUGAUUGGAAUGAGGAUAGGAAUACAGUAUUUUAAAGAAAACCCACAGGAAUGAAAUCUAAAUUUUCUUUGCAUUUUUACUUGCCAGAUUUCAUAUUAUUCAUACUGAGGAAAAGGGAAAGAAAACUUCCCAAUUUACACUUUUUUUGUAGUAUUCUAAAGUCUGCACCCAAACCACAAAAUGCUGCGUUUUGGGCCUGCAAAGGAUAGUAGUGACUAAUCAAUCAAUCGUGCAAAUAUUUCCUUAAAUAAUGCAGAUGUACUAGACCGUUUGUUGUUUUUGUGUUCCUGGAAGUCGUUCAAUUUCAAGGGGCUCAACCAAUGGGACACAAGCUUUGGGUGGUUCUUCACUGAAAGAGGAACUGGCAGGAUGUCUGCUGUUACAUUCCUUUUGUCUGGAAGUCUCAGCUUCCUCACCCAGGAGAAACUUUCUUUUUCUACAUUCGCUUGUUUUCUGAAGUGCCAGAAAGGCCAAUUCUAAGGCCUGCCACGUCCAA